AUGAAGAAAAAAAUAAACAGUAACUUGACAAUUUUCGACGAAAUUGCCAAUGUCAAGAAACUAGCGGAGGCCGAAGCAAGCGGGGACCAGAAUGCCCACGGUCCGCUGUUAGCCGCGAUCCGCUCGCUGCAAUUAACAGCGGAGACGCCGGUUGAGACGACGUCUCGCGUGAAUUUCCAGAUUAUGCAAAAUAUCUGCGUUCGCGUCGCCAUCGAGAGAAGACUACUCCAUGUUAUCGCGGACAGCGACCGUCCGAUUACCUCGGUGGAGAUAGCCCGUGCGACCGACACGGACGAGUUGUUAAUUGUGCGCGUGAUGCGGGUGUUGACGGCGAUCGGCUUUGCGGACGAGACGGCAAAUCAGACGUACGCAGCGAACGACGUGACUCGCUUCGAGAUUCUACCGGGUUCCAUUGCGGCCGUGAAGCACCAUUUCGAGCCUGACUUUGGCAUGGGCGCGAGGCUAGUCGACUACAUGCGUGGGCCUGGGGUCUCGCAAUUCGCCGACGAGCCUGACCAGAUGACGCUGUUCAAGUAUGCCCACGGGUUCGACAAGAUCUUCGGCAUGCUGGAGGUGAACCCGGAGCAGAAAGAUGCUUUUGACGGGUACAUGGCGGCACGACGCCUGGUGCAGCAGCCGCAGUGGUUUGAAAUGUACCCAGCAGCCGAGAAAUUGGGGAACGUGCGGUCGCAGGCAGACUCGGUGCUACUAGUCGACGUGGGCGGUGGACCGGGUCAGGAAAUGGCGCGAUUCAGGCAGCGACACCCGGAGAUUGCAGGUCGGAUCAUUCUCCAGGAUCUGCCCUUGACCUUGAACCGGAUCGAGCAGGUUCCGGAGGGAAUUGAGCCGAUGGAGCACGACUUCUUCACGCCGCAGCCAGUGCACGGAGCACGGGCAUAUUUCUUCCGCCAGGUGAUGCAUAAUUGGUCCGAUGCGAAGAGUAUCCAGAUCCUGUCCCGGAUUGCAGACGCCAUGGAGGCGGACUACUCGACGCUGCUGAUCGAUGACUACGUGCUGCCCGAUACCGGGGCCGGAUUGCGGGCGGCGGAGAUGGACAUCCUCAUGUGGUUACAUACGGCGGGGUUGGAACGGACGGUGUCGCAGUGGAAAGCGCUAUUUGAUGCAGUUGGGCUCGAGUUGGUGGAGAUUUGGAACACCGAUAAGGGCGAUGAGUCAGUGUUGGAAGUGCGCAAGAGGGCCAGUACGCAGAGUAGUGGACCCGCGAUGGUGGCGACGCAAUCCGCGCUUGUUGCUGCAGGUCAAUGA